AUGCGGGGCCCUUAUCCGGCAAGGAGCCUGAGGUUGUUUGUGAUGCAAAUCGUCUAUGGUCUUGGAAGUCUUCAGGCUGUAUUGCCUCCAGAAGGUGACCGAGAAUUCGAUAAUAUGGUCAACGAAGCAGAUAUUUUGAAGGCAAUUAGUGACCAGAAUCACAAAAAAAAGCCUAAAUAUGUGAGAACUGCCAGGAGAUAUAAUCACGAGCCUGCGACCUUAAGGCGCCGGUAUAAAGGCCAGACCGUGUCAAACCAGGAAGCAACUUCCAUUCGCCGCAAACUCCUUACAGAUGCCCAAGAAGAAGUCCUUCUUAAUCAUAUAUCGGCUCUCAUCUCGUAG